CAUCGCCACUUUUUCCACACUCAUUCAAGAACCCAAGCUCUGCUGCUGAGCUCGUUCGCACUUCGCGCAGACGCUGACCCGUGAUCGAUUCAUGGUCGAAUCACAGCGCGAAAAGCCACUGACCCAUCUGCUCAUAUCCAUCGUCCGACCUCCGCUUUACCUCUUUCCUUCUCACCAAAGCAACGAAGGGCGAGAGGAGGAGGAGGGAGGAAGGGAGGGAACCCAAAAAAAAUCAUCCCUUUCCCGCUUCUUUUGCUUUUCUUGUGUCUGAUUCUCAGGAAUCUCUCUGCCCCUCCCUGUACGCCUUCCUUUUCUUUUUUCAACUGGGGUCUCUCCUCAUCGUCCACCAUCUUUAAUCUUCUGGCUUCUGAUUUUCUUUUGGGUCGUUUUGUCUUUUCUUAUUUCUUGGGUUGUUCUCUUAUUUUUUUAUGCUUGGAGUUGCAAUUUGAGUGUUACUUUACUGAAAUGGUGGGCAAGAUCCUGCCUUCACUUCUCCUUACUAUAUAACUUUCCUGCCCAGGCUCCUCUUGAUCAUAUCUCUCCCUCUUUCCCUCUCUCUCUCCCACUCUCUCUCCCUAGAUUCUGCUGGGAUUCAGAAAAAUUUGGUCUUUCACAUGAUCUUUUGAGUUAGAAUUGGAAUUUGAAUUUGAAUUGUCGAGAUCAAGAAUAAAGGGAGAUUCUUGUUUCCAGUAAGCAACCUUGGGGUCACUUCUUUAUAAGCCUGUGGGAACCCUCAAGAUCUUGGCAUUCUCUCGCUCAAUCCCAUAUCUUAUUUUUUGGAAGACAAUUUGCGACUAGUAUCACGACUAGUGGCAAUGGAGACUCUAUACCCACGAUCCUGUAUUUCCAAUUCCGCUUGGUUCAGCACCAGCUGGACUAAAGAAGAGAACAAGAGGUUCGAGAGCGCGCUGGCGAUACACGAUAAGGACACGCCGGAUCGGUGGUUCAAGAUCGCUGCGAUUGUUGGGAAGUCAGUUCUUGAUGUGGAGAUCAAGUAUAGGGAACUAGAAGAGGACGUGUGCGAAAUCGAAGCCGGUCGGGACCCGAUUCACGGGUACUUGUGCUCGACUUUCGCGCUGGACUCCAUCGACGGGAGAGAUUUCGAUGCGUGUAGGAAGAAAUCUUCGGCUGGCCGCGGAGCCGAUCACGAAAGAAAGAAGGGAGUGCCUUGGACGCAGGAGGAACACAGGCGGUUUCUGAUGGGGCUCCUUAAGUACGGCAAAGGGGAUUGGAGAAACAUCUCGCGGAACUUUGUGGUGUCAAAGACACCCACUCAAGUCGCAAGCCAUGCUCAGAAGUACUUCAUGAGACAGCUUUCUGGUGUGAAAGACAAGAGGAGACCAAGUAUACAUGACAUAACUACAGUUAAUCUCACAGACCCGGCUUCAUCUUCCGAGAAUAAUAGGGUUUCCUCUUUCGAUCAGCCCAAUGUGCUUUCCUCGCAACAGAAGCUCAUCAGCGCACCUGAGCUGGCCCUUGACCAUAGUCUCCCUAACUAUGGAGGAUUUAUGUUUUUUGACUCGAGCCAUGGGCAUCCAUUGAUGCCAGAUGCGUAUGGGUUUGGUCUGAAUGGAAUGAGAUUUCAGGAAAAGCAUAAUCCGGACUGCGUUUAUCCAAGUACAGGAUUCUGCAGUUCAUUGAUUGGAAUUCACUCUUCCAGACAUCAAAUUCAGGGAUGACAGGAUCGAAUGUGAUGACUAGUGACCUUGUGUACAUUUAGCAGCUUGAUGCUUAUGUGAUAAUUAUGCACUCAUGAAUGAAAAGAACAAAAAAUGUUGAAGUAUGUCUCUCUGAGUUUGUAACUGUGGAAUAAAAAAGAGAGAUUUGACUUAA